AUGGAUGAUUUAGCUCUCCUUGACCUGUUGGAGUGUCCUGUGUGCUUUGAAAAGCUCGAUGCCACAGCGAAGGUGCUACCUUGCCAGCACACUUUCUGCAAGCCCUGUCUGCAGAGGAUCCUGAAAUCCCAGAAGGAGCUCAGGUGCCCCGAGUGCAGGACCCUGGUGCUCUGCAGCAUCGAGCAGCUGCCCUCCAACCUGCUCCUCAUUCGCCUCCUGGAUGGAGUCCGGUGUGGACAAAACGUUACCAGGUUUGGCUCAAUCCAGAGGUCGGGGGUCCUGUCCUCCCCUGCCUCCAUCAGGAGAGUCCCCAGGGGGCUACAACUUCAUCAGCACCGGCUGGCGACAAAUCCCAGGAUCCACAUGGAAGGGGUCCCGCGAGCCAAGGCCCUGUACACCUACCGAGGGCACAACCCCGGGGAGCUGAGGUUCAAUAAGGGGGACAUCAUCGUGCUGCUCCGACAGCUGGAUGAGAACUGGUAUCUGGGGGAGGUCAACGGGAUCAGCGGCGUUUUCCCAGCCAGCUCCGUGCAAGUCAUCAAGCACCUGCCCCUGCCGCCGCCCCUCGGCAGAGCACUCUACAGCUUUGACCUGAGGAGCAGGGACAAGACCGAAAACAAGGACUGCCUGACGUUGCAUAAGGCAAACACCACUGCAAGGCAACUCCUGCAGACCAGCAAAAGCCACUGGUCCCCUCAGUUUAAGUGUGCGUCCCUACGAACGGCGUCUCCCAAAGCAAAGGGCGCGGAUUCGCCAGCUUUCCCCAAGGUGCCCGACUCCAGGCGGAAGAGCCUGCGGCAGUUCUCCAUCACCACCGCCCUGAACACCCUCAACCGGAUGGUCCACGCGCCCGCCGAGCGGCAGGCACUGGAGAUCAGCUCCCCCGUGCUCAUCAGCUCCAGCAACCCCACCGUGGCCACCCAGAGCAGCGAGAAAGCGGAGUUUCCCUACGGCACCCCUCUCCAGGUCAGUGCAUCUUACUAUCCUGCGCCAGGAUCACUGGGGCACUCAGCAGCCAUCGUCACUCUUCCCCAUCUGCAGCACCACAUAUCAGCGUAUAUGUGCGUGGCUCUCCAUUCCUACGUGGCUCACGGACCGGACGAGCUGGAGCUGCAGAAGGGAGAAGGGGUCCGCGUCUUUGGGAAAGACCACGACGGCUGGCUGCGGGGCAUGUCCCUCGUCACGGGGAGAGUGGGGAUCUUCCCCAGCAACUACGUCGCUCCCCUCUUCAGGAAACCUCAUCUCUCUGACUCGAAGAUGCCUUCCCUGUACGCCUCAUGGACGCUAUCGACCUCCUCACUCUCCUCUCAAGGGAGCAUCUCAGAAAACGGCCCCAGACAAAGCAGACCCUUGAAACCGGCACUGCUGCCCGUGCCCGUCACCUCGCCCGCGAGGAGCGCGGCCGCGGCGGCCUCGGGACAGGCAUCGCUGCGGCGCGGACGCGGCAGCACGAGGAAGAACGGAUCCCUGCAGAGGCCGGGGCAGGCAGGGACCCCCGUGCAGGUUGCUGGCUCCCUCAGGCGUCCUCCCACAGCUGCGGUGCGACCUCAGCAGUUUCAGCUUUAUCAGCACGUCAGCCCCCAGCCGCACAGCAUCCCUCCUGGAGCUGGCAUGGCCGAGGCAGGAACGAAGCCAAACUUCUCCCACGACGCUUCACCGGCGCCUGUGGUCAGAGGAGGGGAAAGCAGAACUCCCUCUGUGUGCAGCUCGGUGAUCCUGGAUGCCAAAGACCCUCCAGCAAAGAGCGAGGCAGCUCCGAAGCCGCCUGCCUCGGCCCCGCCAUCCAUCCUGGUGAAACCAGACACGUCCCGCAACAGCGCCGAAAAGCAAGUGAAGACGGUGAGGUUCCAGAACCACAGCCCCCCGCCGCCCAAGCGGCACAGCCUGCAGCCCUCCCCGAGCCUGCCGCGCAGCAGGACGGAGCCGGCGGCCGCGGCGGAGGCUCUCCUGCCAGAAGCCAGCCUGCCAGGCCCCGAGCUGGCGGUGCUCUACUCGCCCAGGACCAGCUCCAGCCCCCUGCACCAGCGACGGGCGCUGCACCCGAAGGCGCUGUCGCUGGACCUCUCCGGGCAGCUGACCUUCCCUGUCAAGAAGAACUACAGCAGCAUUUCUGCAAACUGA